GACUGCUUUUUCCUGUAAGUCUAGUUCCGGCCCUGAUUUUUCAACUAAAUUUUUUUCAAAUUGCUCGCCGGAGAGUGUUCAAAUUAGGUGCAAAAAGCUAGGGAUUUCGCCGGGAUUAAUGGCGGAAGGGGGAGGGAGGAAGGUGUUGGUGGAGGUGAGCAAUGCGCGGAACCUGAUGCCUAAGGAUGGGCAGGGUACGGCGAGUGCUUAUGCUAUUGUGGAUUUUGACGGCCAGCGACGGCGGACGAAGACUAAGCUUCGGGAUCUCAAUCCCCAGUGGGAUGAGCGUCUCGAGUUCUUUGUUCAUGAUCCUGAGUCUAUGGUUUCUGAGACGCUAGAGAUCAAUGUCUACAAUGAUAAGAAGACUGGGAAGAAGGGUACCUUCUUGGGAAAAGUGAAGAUCUCCGGCUCAAGCUUCGCGAAAUUGGGGUCGGAGAGUUUGAUCUACUACCCGUUGGAGAAACGAAGCGUGUUCUCGCAGAUCAAGGGGGAGAUCGGUGUCAAGGUUUGGUAUGAAGACGAGGCGCCGCCGCCGGCGACGGAGGGAGAGGCUCCUGCUGCAUCGAAACCCGAUGAGGCGGCUGCCACCGAUGAGAAGAAAACAGAGGAGAAAGAGAAGAAGCCAGAGGACGAGAAGAAAGGAGAAGAGGAUAAGAAACCUGAAGAGAAGCCGGCGGCGGCGGAGGAGAAGAAGGCACCUCCGGCGGAUGCGAAGCCCGAGGAGGCGAAACCGAAGGAGGAGAAGCCAGCGCCCGCCGCAGAUUCAACGGUGGUGUUGGCCCCGCCUCCGCCACCUCCGCCGCCAUCACCGGCGAAGGAGCCAGCAAGCCCUGGUUUCACCGACCUCGAGCUCCGGCCACCAAGCAGCGAUCGCGCCACCACCAGCUCUUACGAUCUCGUGGAUCGCGUGCCCUAUCUCUUCGUCCGCUUCUUAAGAGCCAAGCGCGAUCCGAGCACCGACCGGUCAAUCUUCGCCAAAGCGGUGAUCGGGAGUCACACCGUCCGUACGAGGGCCGUCAAAUGCUCGGACUGGGAUCAGGUCUUCGCAUUCCACAAAGCGAGCCUCAACUCGACGGCGCUGGAUGUGUCCGUUUGGGAGGAGACGGAAGAGAAGAAGGAGGAUGGGACUACGGUCACCGCCGAGGUAAGCUUAGGCUCCGUCUCCUUUGACUUGCAGGAAGUCCCCAAGCGUGCUUCACAGGACAGCCCACUCGCUCCACAGUGGUACAAUCUUGAAGGCCCCGCGGAGGAGAUUACCGGGAAUGAUGUUAUGCUGGCCGUUUGGGUGGGGACCCAAGCCGAUGAGGCCUUCCAAGAGGCGUGGCAAUCGGAUUCGGGCGGGCUCAUCGUCCAUACCCGAUCCAAGGCUUAUCUUUCUCCCAAACUGUGGUACUUGAGAUUGACGGUGAUCCAGACGCAAGAUCUCAGACUACCGACCUCGAGUUCGGAUCUCAAAGCACGAGAGCUCUACGUGAAGGCCCAGCUCGGCGGGCAGGUUUUUAAAACGGUCAGGGUCUCAAUGGGUUCGGCAGCGAGCUCCGCUAACCCGAGUUGGAACGAGGACUUGGUGUUCGUUGCAGCGGAGCCGUUUGAUCCUUUCCUCACGGUUGGGGUCGAGGACGUUACCGCGGGGCAGCAAGUGGGUCAGGCGCGGGUCCCACUGUCGAGCAUUCACCGGCGCAUCGAUGACCGCGCCGAGCCGCCGUCUCGUUGGCUGAAUUUAUCCGGCGACGAAGCCCGCCCAUACGCCGGCCGUGUCCACGUCAGAGUCUGCCUGGAGGGUGGGUACCACGUGCUCGACGAAGCCGCGCACGCGGCCAGCGACGUCCGUGCAGCAUCGAAGCAGCUCUCGAAGCCAGCCAUCGGCUCACUCGAAGUCGGCGUUCGCGGCGCAUCCAACCUGAUCCCAAUGAAAGUAGCCAAAGACGGUUCCAGUGGUUCCACAGACGCGUACGUCGUGCUCAAAUACGGCCCCAAAUGGGCUCGCACCCGCACCAUCCUCGACCAAUUCAAUCCACAUUGGAACGAGCAGUACGCCUGGGACGUCUUCGACCCAUGCACCGUCCUCACCGUCGCCGUCUUCGACAACACCCGCUUCAAACCAUCCGACGAAAAUAAACCCCCACGUGAUGCCAAAAUCGGCAAAGUCCGAAUCCGAUUAUCCACACUCGAUACCAACCGUGUUUACACAAACACAUAUCCACUAAUCACAAUCCACCCAACCGGCGCAAAGAAAACCGGCGAACUAGAGCUCGCAAUCCGUUUCACAUGCUUCUCUUUCCUAAGCCUAAUCCAAGCCUACGGCACACCCAUGCUACCACGAAUGCACUACAUCCAUCCACUCAGUCCGGCGCAACAAGACAUGCUCAGACACACAGCAGUCCGAAUCGUAUCCACACGGCUAGCUCGAUCGGAGCCACCACUAGGUCCCGAAGUCGUGCAACACAUGCUCGACACGGAUGCGCACGCGUGGAGCAUGAGGCGGAGUAAAGCCAACUGGUUCCGAGUCGUGAGUUGUCUCUCAGGAGUCGCGGCACUGGCUCGUUGGGCGCACGGUGUGCGCACCUGGGUGCACACUCCGACCACAAUGCUCGUCCACGUCCUGGUAACCGCCAUGGUGCUCUGCCCGCACAUGAUCCUUUCCACGGCCUUCGUCUACUUGUUCUUUGUCCUCACAUGGAAGUACAGAGGAAGAGCACGUGGGCCAGAGGGAGUUGACGCACGGCUCUCGCACGUGGACGGUGUGGGCGCGGAUGAGAUCGAUGAGGAGCUCGAUGGGUACCCGAGUGGGCGCACAGCCGAGAUCGUGCGAGCCAGAUAUGAUAGGCUAAGAGCGCUUGCAGGCAGGGGACAAGUGUUGCUUGGUGACGUGGCAGCACAAGGGGAGAGAAUUGUGGCGUUGAUGACGUGGAGGGACACGAGGGCAACGGGGAUAUUUGCGGCGGUGUGUUUACUCGCGGCGAUGGUUUGUUAUGUGGUGCCGUUUAAGGUGAUGGGUUUGGGGAUGGGGUAUUACUAUCUACGUCACCCGAGGUUCCGAGGUGAUAUGCCACCGGCGCCGUUUAACUUUUUCCGGCGAUUGCCGUCGUUUGGCUGAUAGGAUUAUCUAGCCUAGCCGUUGGGGUUUGUUGGUUGUUGAUGUUUUGGUUUGGUUUUUAAGGUUGUUGAUUAAUAUUAAUUAUGUUAAUUUAUUUUUUAAUUUGUUGUUGUGAGUGCUAAUAAGAAAGUAAUGAUUUGACCGUUGUGUUGUGGGGUUCCGAAGGAGAAGAUUGUGUGGACCAUUGCGCUUGCUUGAAUGACCGUCUUCCUUUUGUUUCUUUAAUUGGUUAUAUUGAUUAUAUAUAUGAUUGAUCAUAUCAGGUAGUGGAAAUGUCAAUUUAUUUGA